GGAGUGAUCGAAUAGAACCAUGGGGAUUCUGCCACAAGUGUAUCAUCAGAGAUCCGAUUGAAAAAAGACUACGUAAAAAAUUUAAGCCAAAACUACUGCUUCUCAGUGACAAUGACAAAAAUACGCCAGUCACUUUGCCAGAACUUCAAAAACAAUUAAAGAAUUUGGAAUUAUUCUUACGUGAAUAUGUUAUUGAUAAUUCGUAUCAGGAUACAACUGCAACUCAAGAAACAGUUUGA